AUGUCAGGCGAUCAUGACUUCAAUGUCGAACAUACAAAAAAGAAGAAGGUAGCUUUCAUUGGUAUAUCUUCUUUAAUGAUGCUAGGAAUGGUUGUAGCCGUGACUAUAGGAAUAAAGGACACGGGCAAUGGAGGUAAGUAUAACGACGACGAUGAUGGCUUAGCGACGUCUUCCAAGGCGGCCCGAUCAGUAUGCCAUGUAGUUGAACAUCGCCAUGCUUGCGAGAGAACCCUUGCUCAUGUCCAUACAUCUGAUCCUAACAAGAUUGUUCAAACUACUUUUAAUGCAGCCGUGGUUAAGCUUGAGGGUGCCUUAGCUAAAUCUAGUUCCAUUAAGGUUAAAAAGGAUGAUCCUAGAACUGCAGGAGCAUUGGAAGCAUGUAAAGAAGCAAUGGAGUAUGCAAUUGGUGACCUUAAACGUUCAAUAGACCAAAUGGGUCAUUUUGAUAUUCGUAAGAGGGAUGAGUGUGUCGAGAACAUGAGGGUUUGGCUUAGUAGUUCCAUGACCUUCUUGGAAACUUGCAUCGAUGCGUUCGAAAAUACGACCGGAGAUGCCGAAGAGAAGAUGAAGUCAAUGUUAAAUGGUCCAAGAGAACUUACCUGUAAUAGCAUGGAUGUUGCAACUGAGCUCUAUACAAUUUUUAAGUCUUUGAAAAAUACAAAUACAAGUCAAGCUCACAAGCGAUCGCGUGCUGAAGAAAAAGGGAAAGUUAAUAAAGAAGGCGAGGCUCAACUUUGGGCGGAUUUAAGGGAGCGAAAACUACUUCAUGAACGUGGUGCGACUAUGAGGGCAGAUGUAAUAGUAUCUAAAGAUGGAAGCAGUAAAUUUAAAACUAUAACGGAGGCCUUGAAGGAAGCACCACAUAUAGAUGCAAAUAAAGUGGGAACCAUUGUAAAUAAAACAUUUGUGAUCUACAUCAAGGAAGGUACUUAUGAAGAAGAUGUUCGAGUAGAGGCAACAAUGUCGAAUGUUAUGUUCAUAGGUGAUGGACCGACUAAGACGAUAAUCACUGGGAAGAAGAGCUUUGCUGAUGGUUUUGCUCUCUAUAAAACUGCAACAAUUUCAAUAAUGGGAAGGAAAUUCAUAGCCAAGGAUAUAGGCUUUGAAAAUUCAGCAGGUGCAGAAAAGCACCAAGCAAUAGCUCUGUUGGUCCAAUCUGAUAUGUCAAUUUUCUAUAAUUGUCAUAUAAAUGGCUACCAUAACACAUUGUAUGCACAUAGCUAUCGACAAUUUUAUCGGCAUUGCACCAUUACAGGUACCAUUGAUUUUAUAUUUGGAAACGCAGCUGCGGUUUUUCAAAACACUAGGCUUGUCAUACGCAAGCCAUUAGAGGAUCAAGACUGCGUAAUAACAGCACAAGGUCGAUUAAACAUAAAAGGGCCAACAGGGUUCAUACUCCAAAAUUGUACCAUUAUGGCAGAUCCAUUGUACUACCCAUUACGCCAUAAGAACAAAGCCUUCUUAGGCCAACCUCGAAAGAAGUUUUCUCGAACAAUCAUCUUGCAAUCGUACUUGGCUGACUCAAUAGAUGCAGAAGGUUGGAAACAAUGGUCAGGAACAUUUGCAGAAGACACUUGCUAUUUUGCCGAGUUUGAAAAUAGAGGCCCUGGUGCAACAUUGACGGGGCGUGCUAAGUGGCAUGGGAUUAAGAAUAUUAGUAAACACGAGGCUGAUGGUUUUACUCCAGAAAAAUUUUAUGAUGGUAAUCGAUGGAUUCGUCCCACCGUAGUACCUUAUAUACCGGGGAUGGUGCCUAAAUAGAGAUAGCUAGAGGAAAAUAAAGUUGUGGUAAUGUAGAAGCUCAUGCACAUAUAGUUCUAGUUAAGUUUUAUGUGCAUAUGAACCGAGGAUUAUUGAUUAAAAAUGUAUAUGUUCUUCAAUUAAGAGGAUGCUUCUAGCAUAGUUCUUGACUACGAACGUCGAACGACUACGGACGACUACAAUAGG